AUGGCUUUGCCCGGCGCCGAGGGCGCAGCCGACGCGCCGGUGUCCCCGGCCCGGGCAACCCCCGCGGGCUCCGCGUCCUCGUCGUCCGCCUCCUCCGGCGGCUCGGCCUCGGCCGCGGCGGGCGCGGGGCUGUGGGCCGCGCUCUACGACUACGAGGCGCGCGGCGAGGACGAGCUGAGCCUGCGGCGGGGCCAGCUGGUGGAGGUGCUGUCGCAGGACGCCGCCGUGUCGGGCGACGAGGGCUGGUGGGCCGGCCAGGUGCAGCGGCGACUCGGGAUCUUCCCCGCCAACUACGUGGCCCCCUGCCGCCCGGCCGCCCGGCCCGCGCCGCCUCCCGCGCCGCCGCCGCCGCGGCCCGGCUCGCCGGUGCACGUCGACUUCGAGCUGCUGGAGCUCAAGGAGCUCAUCGGCGCCGGCGGCUUCGGGCAGGUGUACCGCGCCACCUGGCAGGGCCAGGAGGUGGCGGUGAAGGCGGCGCGCCGGGACCCCGAGCAGGACGCGGCGGCGGCGGCCGAGAGCGUGCGGCGGGAGGCGAGGCUCUUCGCCAUGCUGCGGCACCCCAACAUCAUCGAGCUGCGCGGCGUGUGCCUGCGGCAGCCGCACCUCUGCCUGGUGCUGGAGUUCGCCCGCGGCGGAGCGCUCAACCGCGCGCUGGCCGCCGCCAACGCCGCCCCGGACCCGCGCCGCGCGCGCCGCAUCCCCCCGCACGUGCUGGUCAACUGGGCCGUGCAGAUCGCGCGGGGCAUGCUCUACCUGCACGAGGAGGCCUUCGUGCCCAUCCUGCACCGGGACCUCAAGUCCAGCAACAUUUUGCUGCUGGAGAAGAUAGAGCAUGAUGACGUCUGCAACAAAACCUUGAAGAUCACGGAUUUUGGGUUAGCGAGGGAAUGGCACAGGACCACCAAAAUGAGCGCAGCGGGCACCUACGCCUGGAUGGCCCCCGAAGUUAUCAAGUCUUCCUUGUUUUCUAAGGGAAGCGACAUUUGGAGCUAUGGAGUUCUGCUGUGGGAGCUGCUCACGGGAGAAGUCCCCUAUCGGGGCAUCGAUGGCCUCGCUGUGGCUUACGGGGUAGCAGUCAAUAAGCUCACUUUGCCAAUUCCAUCCACUUGCCCUGAGCCAUUCGCCAAGCUCAUGAAAGAAUGCUGGGAACAAGACCCUCACAUUCGUCCAUCGUUUGCCUUAAUUCUGGAACAGCUGACCGCUAUUGAAGGGGCAGUGAUGACGGAAAUGCCUCAAGAGUCUUUUCAUUCCAUGCAAGAUGACUGGAAACUGGAAAUUCAACAAAUGUUCGAUGAGUUAAGAACGAAGGAAAAGGAGCUGCGGUCCCGGGAGGAGGAGCUGACUCGAGCGGCUCUGCAGCAGAAAUCUCAGGAAGAGUUGCUAAAGCGGCGUGAACAGCAACUUGCAGAGCGGGAGAUCGACGUGCUGGAGCGGGAACUUAACAUUCUGAUAUUCCAGUUAAACCAGGAGAAGCCCAAGGUGAAGAAGAGGAAAGGGAAGUUUAAGAGAAGUCGUUUAAAGCUCAAAGAUGGCCAUCGAAUCAGUUUACCUUCAGAUUUCCAGCACAAGAUAACCGUGCAGGCGUCUCCCAACCUGGACAAACGGCGGAGUCUACACAGCAGCAGUUCCAGCCCCCCCAGCAGCCCCACCGUGAUCCCCCGGCUCCGAGCUAUACAGUUGACUUCAGAUGAAAGCAAUAAAACUUGGGGCAGGAACGCAGUCUUUCGGCAAGAAGAAUUUGAAGAUGUGAAAAGGAAUUUCAAGAAAAAAGGUUGUACCUGGGGACCAAAUUCGAUUCAAGUGAAAGAAAGAACAGAUUGCAAAGAAAGGAUAAGACCUCUCUCAGAUGGAAACAGUCCUUGGUCAACUCUCUUACUAAAAAACCAGAAAACCAUGCCGUUGGCUUCGUUAUUUGUGGACCAGCCAGGGGCGUGUGAAGAGCCAAAACUUGCCCCAGAUGAAUCAGAACACAGAAAACCAAAGCAAAUAAAAUCGCCUGCUCCAGCCUACCUUGAUCUACCUCUGUGGAAAGAUGGUCCGAGAGAGAAUCCCGUGGAAGCUGAAAGCUGGGAGGAGGGACCCUCUGCGAACUCCACUGCGGGGUCUCCUCAAGUGACUCCUACGAAUAGUCUGAGCCGAUCCCCCCAGAGAAAAAAGACGGAGUCCGCUCUGUACCGGUGCACCAUGCUGCUGGCCUCGGUGGCUCUGGGGGUGGACAUCAGAGAGCUCAACAGAGCACAGGCUGCCGAAGAACUGUUGCCCAGGGACGAAAAGAAGAAACGAGAAGGAAUCUUCCAGCGGGCUUCCAAGCCACGCAGAAGCACCAGUCCCCCCACGAGGCUGCCGUCCACGGGCGGGGAGGCCAGCAGCCCGCCCUCCCUCCCGCCGCCAAGCGCCGUGAGCCUUCUGUCCAUGCCUUCUCUCUCCACGAAGUGCCUGCUGGAGACGGAUGGGGACGAUCUGUCCGUGGGCAGCACGCCUAUCGCUGACGACCCCGAGGUGCCUACUCCAGAUUUUCAUCCUGCCGUUCCAGAGAGCAGUCGUGAGCCAGCCCGCAUGCCAACACUCCAGACUGAUCAUGGUGUGUCCAAAAACCCGUCUCCUUCCUUCCCAGAGCAGACCCCUGGGAAUGUGCCUUCCUGUGCUUCUUCGAAAGAUAGAGCAUCACACCACAGACGGACCGUGUCCGAUGGCAAUCAGACCCCAGCUGGUGCAGCUGUGAUCUCAGCCACCGGAGCCUCUGAACUGCCACUCCCCUGCUCCUCCUCCGGUCCUCACGGUGACCAGCCAGGUGAGAAGCACAGAGCUGUCAGCAUCGUGCCCCGGCCUCGCCCCGCCUCCCUGAGAAGCCGGUUGGACACCCGCCUGGUGGGUCAUCCGGGACCGAGCCCUACCCGUGUCCUCGGUGCCAAGGGAAGAACUAAAUUCCACGUGCCUUCGUUACUGGACGCCGACGUGGAAGGUCAGAGCAGGGACUACACCGUGCCUCUGUGCAGAAUGAAGAGCAAAACCAGCCGACCGUCGAUAUAUGAACUGGAGAAAGAAUUUCUGUCUUAAACAAAGUGCCUUACAUUGUUUAAGCAUUUCUUGUUUGUUUUUUUUUUUAAGCUGAACAAAUGAACACAAUAUAUCUACCUUUGAAUUGUUUCAUGCUGCUGUGUUUUCAAAUCUAUGGCCAUGUUACUAAAUUAGUUGUGGAUGUCUAACUUCUCCAACAAAUGUAUAUGAUUGCUGUUAGCCAUUUCUAUUGUGUUUUCUAUGGGAUUCUUAUCUAGUAACCUGAAAUACACAGAAGUGUAAAACAAGAAAUGUGUACCCAUGAGAACUAUGCUGGGUAGAAUGAUCGUGAGCACAAUUAUAAUACUUUGUUCUCAUUUAUAUUCUUAUCUAUUAGUACAGAACAGAAAUUGCAAUGAGGCUCACUGUUUUUCUUUCCUUCCUUCCUUCUUUCCUCCCUUGUUUUCUUGUCUUUUCUUUUUUUAUUUGUUCAACAAAAAGCCAAGGAAGAGCUGUUAGUUCCUUGGCGAGAAUAAUGUGAUAUUUGUAGGUAAACGUGUCUAUUUUUUAAGAAGUCUGAUGACUGGAAUAGAUACAGAAUCCUAUUUAAACUACCUAACCUCAGCCGUAGGCUUAUAAUGCAUAAAUAUGUCCAACUCUCACCUAAAUUAUGCAAUGAUAUUUCUCUCUGAGGAGAUUUUACUGAAUGUAACUUAUAAAAGUUUUAUUGAAUGUAACUUGUAAACAUUUUAUCCAUUAGAACUCCAAAACAGAUUUUAGAAGAUACUGACAUUUGGCUCAGACCAUAUUGUAUGCCCGUGAGCAAGGCUAAUCUCUAGGUUUUUCUUGUAGAAAGGGUUCUUCUGUCAUCAGUAGCCAUUGAUUUGGUAUUUAGAAGUGGAAAACUUUUUUACUUUCUGGUAGAAUUUUUAAAAAUUAAAUUACAUGUACCUAGCUCUGUUCCCAGAGAUCAUGUGUUGUAAAUAGUCAUGUGUUUUAAUUUUAUUUUUCUCUAUUUGAAUGCAUAUCCUAAUAAAAUCCAGAAUACACUCAAACGCUGCCAACUCAAGAAACAGCAGUACAAUACUGUUAGCAUUUGAGAGUUUUGUCUUUAUUUCACAUUUCAUUUAACUGUGGACAAAUGUUAGACAUCUGUUGAGAUACGGUGAUAUGUGGAAACAACAGCUAUUUUAUGGAUGACUUUCAGAAGUGGAUUUACAAAAAUGGUUCUCAAAUAGCAGAUCCGGGUUUGAAAUUAUUGAUUUGAAAUUAUUUAUGAAUCACUUUUAUAAUCACAUACGUAUGUUACAGGCAGACUACUGGAUUACUGCUACAGAAAUGGCUCACCGGGCGCUUGGUAGACUUGCCUGGGUUUCUUCUGUCAAAUGUACUGUGCUUUCCUCCUGUCUCUAGAAUAUGGUUAUUUAGAAGACAGACAAUAAAUAUUUAAGUUUUUCCAUACAAUGAAAAACCAAAUUAAAAACAUGACUUGAUAUUUUAUUUAAGAUUUUAUCUUGGUUAAAGUUUACUGAAUAACUGAAAUGCCACCAAGGUAAAAUAAGUUACAUCAAGUGUGAUGAAAUAUCUAACCUAUAGAAUAGAAAAAAGUAGGAAAAUCAUAUUAUUUGGCCAUUUUGGAACAUCUCAGUCACCUAGCCGGUAUUGCCCAACAGAUAACAAGCAGGGUGAGAGGAUUGUAUUAACAGCACUUUUUUCCCCCAAGGAAAACAAUCUUGCCUUUCGGAUUCUUGUAGCAGAAUCUCAGGUACUUAUUACGUCUCGUUGCAUUAUUGUCCAUUCUGUGAUUCGGUUUCACUUUUGAGGGGUUAUUGAGUUAUGUAAUAGAAAUUUGGUUUCCUCAAAAUUGUAUUCCAUUUGAAAGUAUGGUUAGCUGGUUUGUAUUCCGGCAUUUGGGAGCAUGCCACAUCCAGCUAAGAGUAAAGGAAAUCCACACCGAUACGUGGAAGAAAAAUGAUGGAAACUGUGUCCUCAGUUUUGCUUCUGCCAAAACAUCCCUUGUAUGUGUGUGCGUGCUUGUGUGUAUGUGUGCAUGUGUGUGGCGUGUCCAUCUCUCUUAUCUCUGUACACCGUCUUCUGUCCCCUUCAGCUUCCUUGUAGUCAGCUCUAUGUGAUGAUGAAGUUAGAAAUGAAGCUGUAUUAAAAAGAUAAUUGCAGUUAUCAGAAUUCAGUUUCACAUGUUACUGCACAUGGUUAUUUUCUGCUGUGAUCUAUUGUACAUUUGCGAUUCUCUCUGUGUUAGUAAACUUAGCAGAAUCUGGUUAUUUAUUUUUGUAUAGGCUUAACAGCUCACUAAAAGGUAAAUUAAGCUGAUUACUGUUAGUUGACAAUUAAGGUGCCCCCACUGCAGAGAUUUAAGGCGUGGACCUGGUAUGCUGUAUUAUGAGGCCUUGUGAUUGUAAAAGAUGUUUACAUAUGUUGUCUAUUUUUUUAAUAAACUUUUUUUUAUAGCUGG